UGUUUUGCACCUCUUCAUUCUCAUCCCAAGCGAUUAAAUAACUGAAGAUCCCCAUUUUCUAAUUCUUGAUUAGUGCCGACUUCCUGGUGAACUUGUCUUUAUUUUAUUGGACGGUUCUAUUUUAUAAUUUAUUCUGGUGCAUAAUUAUUGGUUUCUGUUUGUCUAUUCACUCAUUUGGCCUUUCUUCUUGCUGUUUCUAAAGAUGUGUAAUGUCUCCUCAUUGGCUCCCACAGAAAUACACCCUUUUUUCCUCUCCCAUUUCUUGAAAAAUCUUCAUGUGUGCUUUACCUGCCCAUUUUGCAGUUGAUUUUCUUUUUUUGAGGGGGGUGAUUUCUCACCUAACAGUUGACUUUCAGAUGAAAAGAGCAAUCUUGAUCUAGGAUUCUUGUUAAUUGCACCCUGUUUUGUUUGAAGAAAAUAGGCGGUGUGAUGUUAGGGUCUGGGAUGAAUCUGAUCACCACAAUUAUUGGGUUUGGAAUGAGUGCAACUUUCAUUGUUUUUGUCUGCACUAGACUCGUUUGUGGGCGCCUCCGCCGCUUGGAGGCGCAGCAAAUGCUGGAGAUGCAUUCAAGAAUCGAUCUUGAGCUGCCAGAGCAUCGGAUUAAUGGCCUUGAACCAGUGGUCGUUGCAGCAAUCCCUACAAUGAAGUUCAAUCGUGAAGCAUUCAGCUCGAUGGAGAAUACACAAUGCAGCAUUUGUUUGUCAGAGUAUCAAGAGAAAGAAGUGUUGAGAAUUAUGCCAAAAUGUGGGCAUAGCUUCCAUCUAUGCUGCAUAGAUACAUGGCUUAGGAAGCAGUCCACCUGCCCAGUUUGUCGUCUCUCGAUACAGGAAUCCAUCGAGGCGCCUCCUCCGACAACGCCACAAUCGUCUGAGAUCUCAGCCGAGCAUUCGCAGCAGUGGCUGCUCCCACGCCGAGAGGCUAGCCCGAUGCAUCCCUAUCCCAAUGCAGCAUCUGUAGAAGCAAUCUCUAGAUCAACAUAGCAUCUACUGCUUCACUAGCUUUUUUUUCUCCCUUUUAUGAUUCUGAUAAAUUGGAAUUUGCAGAAUAUAGAAGGGAUUGUAGGCUGUGUAUUUAUGUUAUGUAAGUUUCUUGCUGUAUAAUAUCAGCAGAUUCGUUUCAUUUUAGAAGGGAAUUUGGUGUGUAAAUGAAGUUGAGAUUCAUUCAUUCAUGGAAAUAUAUUACAUAGUACAUCACUUGUAGAA